AUGCCGCUGCGGCGCGCCGCACUUUUCCCCAUCCUACUGCUCGCGCUGAUUGCAUAUUUGAAUGCCACGUGCCCCGAUGCAAGCGGCGAGGGCGACCCGCAUCUCACCUUUGCGCACGGCGGGAGGGCCGAUUUCCGAGGCGAACACGGCCGGCUCUUUAACUUGCUGAGCGCGGCGCGCCUCAGCAUCAAUGCGAUGACCGAGGAGGGGAUCUUUCGCAUGAACGAAGCCACGGUGAACGGCUCUUGGCUCACGCAGUUUCACGCACUCGCCACCACGUCGGCUGGCCUGCUCCAGUUCUCAAUGUUUGGCUUCAAGAUAUCGCCGGCGAGCCUUUUGGGUUGGUCAAACGGCACCUGCGCCGGUAGGCCGUUCAAGCUCACCGGAGCCCGCCUGGGCCAUGUGUUGCGCGACUCGCCCCUGCAGCGACAGUCUUGCGGAGAGGUGCAGCUGCAGGCGAAUCAUUCCUCUGUCACCCUGUCCACGCCGGAGUGGAACUUCACCGUCGCGCCCAAGGCGGUGCCUGACUACUACCAUCGCGCCGAUCACAUCAGCGGACCGAAGGUGCGUCUAGACGCGCACUUUGCGCUCCGGGUCCCAGAGGCAUCUCUCAAAGUGUCGCCGCAUGGCCUCAUCGGCCAGUCGUUCGACGGCUCUGGGAUCGCGGUGGACGGAGCACGCGAUCCCAAGCCUCGCCCCGGCCUUAACCUCACGACCAAGGCGAUGGCAGAGGGCGCGAUCGUUGGCCGCUGGGAGGAGUACGUGAUGCCCUCUCCCUUUGCCACGGCCUUUGCCUACUCGCGCUUCGGCCUCUCCCGGGCGCCUCCACGCGACGUUGCCGCGCUGUCGGGUCGCAAGUUCUCGUCGGGAGCAGCGGCCGAUGCGCCCAAGACCACUGCAUCGGCCUCCGUCGACGGGAGCGAGGAGGUCGGUGCUGCCACCAUGGCCACCCGCCGGCUCGGCGAGUGCGAGCCGCCAUCGCCGCCCUCGCUAUCGCCAUCCCCUCCGCCGUCGCCGUCUCCCUCCCCCCCAUCCGCCUCGCCAUCGCCGCCGCUGCCCUCAGUCUCCCCUUCGCCUCCGCCACUACCGCCGUCCGAAACAUGCCUGCCAGAGACAGGAAUGACGCUGACGCAGGACGCCAGCAUCGGCGACACCGUCAUUUUCGUCAAUUGCUACGUCGACGGCCUCCAGGAGGGCAGUACCAUCACCUUGGACGGGUCAAACUACGAGGUGGUCGCCCUCGCAGAGCCCUCUGGCAGGCGCCGCCUCGCCGCGAAACUGCCAAUCACGCUGGAUACACCGCUCACCAGUGACGUUUUUUCUGGCGAAUCGGUCAAUUUGACCAAUUUGAGCGUACCCACCUCCACGUGUCUGUGCAGUCACAAUCUGACGAUGGUCUUUCCGACGAUGGUCUUCGACGUCUCUGCCUCCUUGGCCUUUCCGCCUCCACCCUCGCUGCCACCGCCAGCAUCGCUACCGUUCGGAUGCGAAGAUGGCGACGACGAAGGCCUAGAGUGCGGUGGGGGUAUCUGCAGGGCACGGGAAUACUGCUCAAAUGAAAUCUUCGGGUUUCCAUUUUGCGACGGGGUGCUCAGUGGACAGCCGCAAUUCCCGCCCUGGGACUGCUUGGAUCGCGAGCCGCCCCCGUGGUGCUCCGCCUGCGAUGGCGAGUGGCGACUCCCGGGCCCUGCCUGCAUCCCUUGUGGCGCGAUCUCUGGAAACAUUUCGCACGAAGAUGUUGUGGCGUCGCCGAUGCCCUUUCCGCCUCCUUCCUCGCCGCAUAGUUUCGAAGACGUCGAACCACCAGCCCGACGCUCACUACAGUUAGUUGGACAGCCAAUUUUCGAAGGGCAAGAUGUUGAGCCGAUUUUCGACGUGAACGCGCACCCUGGAUCAAUCCCAUUUCUCCCGGCGCCGGAUGAGCCAUGCGAUUGCAGCGACGGGCUCGGCACCCGCAGGCGUGUGGAAGCUACCUCGGAGACGACCGGCUUCUCAGACCAGAAUGAGUGCAGCGGCGGCGACGGCCCCCUCGGCCGCCGCAGGCGUGUCGAAGAUGUAAAGCGCAGCUCUGCCAAGACGACCGGUUUCUCAGACCAGAAUGAGUGCAGCGACGCCUGCCACAUGCACUUCGCCUCCCUGUCGAUGCCGGCGCCGCCACGCGCCCGUCGUGGGCUUCUUGCGAGUUCACGCAGCAUCCCGAAUGCUGACGCGGCCACGAAUGCGACAUGGAAAUGGCCGUUCCCAGCGUCAGCCCCCACCGGCGUGGGCGGCUCGCCAGCCUCGGGCAUCUGGGCAAUCGAGGGGUUUCUCAACAAGACAGAGCGCGAGGAGCUGGUCCGAUUGGUUCUCCAGGCGCCUGAGGAGAGGUGGAACACCUGCAAGGGCGAGCACGACAGCGACUACAAGGUGAGGGAGAAGGGCUACAAGAUGUGCGGGUCCUCCCCUACACUGCUCGAUGCGGACGGGCGCGCAAUCGUCCAGUCUGUCCGAACGCGGGUCGCCGAGGCGUGGGGUACGGAUUCCACGGACACUCUCGGGCCGGGCGACCUGCUUCGGUACAAGCCCGGGAGUCCUGCCGUCCCCGUGCACACCGACGUGUGGUCAGAUUCUGGGGCGCACGGACCAUACGGCUCGCUUAUCGACUCUACCUUCAUCGUGUACCUCAGUGACUCCCCCGUGGAGACCGUCUUUCCGCUUGCGGUCCCGGCACCGCUCCGCGUGCCCUCUAAAGCGGGCACUGCGCUGACAUGGCUAGCAGUGGACCAGGACGGUCGUCGCCGCCCGACGACGGCGCACACGGAGGACCUGGCAAACCUGACGGGCGCGUGGAGGAACGUCUGGGUCAUCAUCGCGACGCCAACCAUCACCGUCGCCGUCAACCGACCUCGACCUCCAGCUUGA